CCGCCUGACUGCUACUGCUGCCGCCCUACACCUACACCUACACCUACACCCAUCCGCCCGUCCUCCCCCACUUGACCCGGUGGUACCACUCGCCUCGUCUCGGAGCUCCCGCCUCGCCUCUCCUGCGCGCGCGGCGAGGGUACGGCCGGCCAUGGCGUACCAGUACCACCACCAGGACCACGCGCUGGGGAUGGACCCGGCGGCGGCGGCGGGGAACCCCGGCGGCGGCUUCGCGCCAGGCCUAGGCGCGGGCGGGUGGGAGAGGGAGAAGGCGGCCAUCGAGGCGCACCCGCUGUACGAGCGGCUGCUGGAGGCGCACGUCGCCUGCCUCCGCGUCGCCACCCCCGUCGACCAGCUCCCCCGCAUCGACGCGCAGGUCGCCGCGCGCGCCCCGCCGCCCGUGCCCCCCGCCGCCGCGCCCGCCGGCGGCGAGGAGCUCGACCUCUUCAUGACACACUAUGUGCUGCUCCUCUGUUCCUUCAAGGAACAGCUCCAGCAGCAUGUGCGCGUCCACGCCAUGGAGGCGGUGAUGGCCUGCUGGGAGCUCGAGCAAACUCUGCAGAGUCUUACAGGGGCAUCUCCUGGUGAAGGCACCGGGGCAACUAUGUCCGAUGACGAAGACAAUCCGGUCGACAGUGAGAGCAACAUGUUUGACGGGAACGAUGUGUCAGAUGGCAUGGGCUUCGGAAUGCUAACCGAGGGUGAGAGAUCCUUGGUCGAGCGCGUGAGGCAAGAGCUGAAGCAUGAGCUUAAACAGGGGUAUAGAGAAAAGCUUGUGGACAUCAGGGAGGAGAUACUGCGGAAGCGAAGAGCCGGAAAGCUCCCAGGGGACACGGCGUCUACCCUGAAAGCUUGGUGGCAAGCCCACGCCAAAUGGCCGUACCCAACUGAGGAGGACAAGGCGCGGCUGGUGCAGGAGACGGGGCUGCAGCUGAAGCAGAUCAACAACUGGUUCAUCAACCAGCGCAAGCGGAACUGGCACAGCAACCCUACCUCGUCCUCGUCAGACAAGAGCAAGAGAAAAAGGAACAAUGCAGGUGAGGGCAACGCCGAGCAGUCCUGGUAGGGCGGGUGCGGUCGGUCGGAGAGCGAAGAACGAAGAACGAAUGCCCCCAUAUAUGUACAUAGCGCUUCCAUCUUGGAGAAGGCUUUGAUACUGCUAUUUAUUGCUCGGGAGACGACGUCGGCCGCUAUUCGCGCGCGGCGUCUCCCCGAGGACCCAACCAUCUGUGUUCCCCAAAAAGA